AUUGAUGAAGGGACUUAGUGAGUGAGUGAGAGAGAAUGGCUGCCGCUCAGCCGGUGGACUCGGAAAGUGACGCCAGUUGGAUGGACUCGGCCGAGUGUUUAACCCUGGGUUUCGGACCCUUUGAAACUGUUCACAAAUGGACGAGUAUGCCGGAAUGCGACGAAUUUGUUGGUGCGAGGCGGAGUAAACAUACUGUUGUGGCCUACAAGGACGCCAUCUACGUGUUUGGUGGCGACAACGGGAAAACCAUGCUUCACGAUCUCAUUAGGUACGAUGUAAAAGAGAAGAGUUGGGGUAGAGCUUUUGCAGUUGGCAACCCUCCAGCACCGCGUUACCAUCAUUCCGCUGUUGUAUUUGAGUCGUCAAUGUUUGUGUUUGGCGGAUACACUGGAGACAUCAACUCGAAUUCGAAUUUGACAAACAAGAAUGAUUUGUACGAGUACCGUUUUGCCAGUGGGCAUUGGAUUGAGCACAAGUUCAAUGGAGGAUUACCUCCUGCGAGAUCCGCUCAUGGUGCAGCGGUUUAUGAUUCAAAAAUGUGGAUCUUUGCUGGUUACGAUGGUAACACUCGACUUAAUGACAUGUGGGCUGUUUCCUUGUCGAGAACUGCUGAUGGAAGACCCGGAAGAUGGGAGGAAAUCCAGCAGCUCGGAGAGUGUCCACCUACUUGCUGCAACUUCGCUGUGGCAGUUGCUCGGGAUUGCAUGUUCGUUUUCUCUGGACAUUCUGGUGCCAAGAUGACCAACAGUCUGUUCCAGUUUUAUUUCAAAACUCGAACAUGGGUUAGAAUUUCAACUGAACACAUUCUCCGUGGGAGUCCUCCUCCGCCCACGCGUCGAUACGGUCACACAAUGGUUUACCACGAUCGGUACUUGUACGUUUUCGGCGGCACAGCUGACAUCACGUUGGCCAACGAUUUGCACAGGUUCGAUUUGGACACGUUGGCGUGGAGUGUUGUGACGCCGGCGCCGGAUUCCAAAGCGCCCACGAGCAGGUUAUUCCACGCUGCGGCGGUCGUCAAUGACGCCAUGUACAUUUUCGGUGGAACAGUUGACAACAUUGUGAGGAGCGGCGAGAUGUUCCGUUUUCAGUUCUCUAGUUACCCGAAAUGCACGUUGCACGACGACUUCGGAAGGCUUUUGGACAGCGGACAAAUCACGGAUGUGGAUUUCAUUGUGGGAUCGGAAAAAGUUGAAAUUAAAGCCCACGCCUGUAUGAUUGCUGCCCGUUGCGAAUUUUUGAAGCAGAAAUUGCGUCAAACGAAAAACUGCAAAAAUCUCGUUCCAAUGGUGGUGCAAUUGCCGGAUGCUGACCCAGUGGCUUUCAGGUUUGUUCUGGACUACAUCUACACGGACAAGAUCGAUCCAACAAAGAAAUGUGAGGUUUCUUCUUCAUUCGAUGUAUUCGGGUUCACUCAUGGAAUCUUUUUUGGAUCUUUGUCCAUAGUUUCUGACCCGUACAGCAACGAUGUUGUGCUGGCCAUGAUGGAUGUUUACCGACUUGCAGUUGACUUGAAAAUUAGAAGACUUGAGCACCUUUGCGUCCAAUAUCUUGGAUCCAUGAUCAACCACAAAAAUGUGCUGGUUGCUGUGAGCAACGCUGCUUCUUUGAACUUGGGAUUUCUGAAGGAAUACUGCUUGAGGUUCAUUGUCCGAGACAACAGUUAUAACGAGAUAAUCAUGAGUGCUGAUUUUGAGACCUUGAAUCAAGCACUGAUGGUUGAGAUCAUCAGAAGAAGGCAAACUGCUCAAUUGGGAAGGCAGUUGCAUGAUCCGUAUCCUAAUCUUGAUGAUAUGACCUUGGAGAAGGAUUUGGAGGAGUUUUUAAAGAAUGGUGGGCAAGAGUUUGCGGAUUUCACGCUCAUGCUGGAAGGAUCGCCGAUUUGUGUUCAUGCGCCGAUUUUGGCAGCGAGGUGCUCAUAUUUUGAAGGCAUGUUCCGGUCUUUCAAGCCUGAAAACAAUGUUGUCAAUAUUGCCAUUGGGGAAAUGAUUCCUUCCAAACAGUCUGUGGACUCCCUGCUCAGAUACAUUUACUUUGGAGAUGUGAACAUGCCUCCCGAGGAUUCGCUGUAUUUAUUUUCUGCGCCUUACUUCUAUGGUUUCACCAACAACCGAUUGCAGGCUUUCUGUAAACAAAACCUUGAGAUGAACGUCACGUUUGAGAAUGUGAUUCAAAUUUUGGAAGCAGCAGAUAGGAUCCAGGCUGUGGACAUGAAGAAACACGCGUUGAGCUUGAUAGUGCGCCAUUUCCCUUUGCUGACGAGGUUGCCGAAGUUCAACACCUUGAGCAGGGAAUUAUUAUUGGAUAUCCUGUAUUCGCUGGCCGAAGAUAUGCACGAAGGGAAGCUAGAAGUUGUGAGUGAAGUAAGAAUGGCAGGUUGCUUGGAUAAUUUUCAGCUGCCAAGCUGUCCUUUCCCAGAAAUUACUGAGAGGAGGAACACUGUUGCAUCAAUAAUUGCAGGUGUGCUUGUUACAGUUGGUUGGUGGUUCAUUAUUGAUGUAGCUGCCAUUUACCCAACUCAGGCUGAAUUCAAUCAUAGUUUCCAUGUGUGUGGAGUGAUGGGGAUGCUGUGUUUCAUGAUGAUAAAUGCUGUUUCCAAUAACCAAGUCAGAGGAGGUGGUUACACUGAUGGAUGCCUGGGGACUUUUGGAGCAAGAAUUUGGUUGUUGGUUGGUUUUAUGCUGGGCUUUGGCUCAGUGAUUGCUAGUUGCUGGAUUCUCAUUGGGGACUUUAUUGUCCCUGUUAUUGUUACGUCGUUUCAGAUGGAGAUGGAAAGUGUAGGCCUAUCAAAGCCUUCUUCGAGGCAGUGCUUCCUCUGUUGCGCUCCUCGCUGUCAGUGGAGAAUGAAAGACAAGAAUUGUCCAACAUCCGGCGAUACCAUCGUUAGCUUCACGAUGCAGAUUUUGUUGGAAGUGGAUGAAUCGGCGACAGCGCUGAGCAAGCUUUCGAACCUAUCUUCUCCUGAAGAUCAGUAUCUCUGUGAAUCGUGUUACCGUCUGGUCCUUCAAGCCGACAAGUUGCAAGUGCAGUUGCAACGUACGAAAGCGUCAAUUCAGCACAAGUUCUGCGUCGCCCGUGCGACCUACGAGACGUUUAGUGUAGAUCUAUCUUCUCUAGAUUCGACUGAGCAAGUCGAUCUUCCGGAUGGCGACAUCGCUUUGCCGGCGGAAUCAUUACAUGCUGCUGAAGAAUCUGCUGAAUCUGAUGAAGUUUUGGAAGCUCUUCCGACGAACGACGAACAUAUGGAGCAAAGAAUUCGCGUGAAGCCGAAGAAAUUUCAAGCUGGCAUGAGCGACAUUUCUUCAAGGCGGAAAAUCGUCAAACCGAAACUGCCACCGCCAGAUAACCAGUCAAAAUCCGAAGAAUCAAAAUCAGACGACAUAGUGAAAGAUGAAGACCAGAACGAUCUCGAAGUUGCGUUCGAUGACUUGAGUGAUUUGCCCGAGGCUUUCCGAAAGUUCCUCAAAGACGAGCGAGAGAAUCCUAGUGAGGAGAAGAAGAAGCGAACCCGAAGAAAACCCGCUCAGCGGAAAGAAAAACGUCCGAAACCUGAAACGCCGUCGAAAUGGCUUCCGAAGCCUUCAAGAGAAGAAUCUCAGGUCUGCGAGGAAUGUGGACUGAGUGGAACGCACGAAAUGCUGGAAUUGCAUCGGAAUUUGGUUCAUAGUGCGAAUCCAGGCACUUUUCCGUGUCCCGUUUGCCCUGCUAUGUUGCAUUCGGAAGCCGCAUUGGAUACUCAUUGUAAACGUGAUCAUGUGGUUCAAGACCCAGAACGAGUUUUCAUAUGUGAACAUUGCGGUCGUAAAUGCCGAUCGGAAUAUGAGAGGAAGAACCAUUUGGAAGUGGUGCAUGGAGGAGAGUGUAAAUACAAUUGUUCUGAAUGCGACGCCAAGUUUAGAUACAAGCCUGUGUUGAGGAAUCAUUUGCUGAAAGCGCAUGGAAUCGACAAACGCUCUGGACUUCCGUGUAGCGUUUGUGGGAAAAUGUUCUACGGAUCCUGGAAAUCCCAGAUGUUCACGUUUCAUAUGCGGGAUGUUCAUCAAAUUGAAGUUCCCGCAUUGAAAACAUGGAGAUGCCAAACUUGCGGCAAAGAGUUUCAGUUCAAAUCGCGUCUCAUCAACCACGAGCGUUUGCACACUGGCGAAAAACCGCACGUUUGUUUGCACUGUGGCAAGACAUUCCGAUUGCAGCAGAAGCUGUCGAUUCACGUGAGUCGGAUGCAUUCUCAGCGACGGAAAAGUACGCAGCACGUGAAGCAGGAAAACCAAGUACUCGUGGAAGCUGUUGCGGAACAAGAGGAACAGCAUCAUUUGACACACCACGAACUGCAAGUCGGAGACAUUGUUCACUUGAUGCCUCAACAAGAAGUUCAGGUCGGUCCUCAUGACUUGGAGUCCCAGUUGAUCUUGGAUGGAGUGGAUGAUCUCCAACACCAUCUGAUCGUUGCCCCGAUGCAAGUCCCCGUUCAGCAAUCUGGGGAAACGGUUUUGAUGGAAAUCAAGAAUGAGCCCAUGUCCGUUUCCGACGGGGAUUCGAACGGAGCUUCGAACAAGCACAUUAGUAAAGCUAUUUGGACCGGCGCCCUCAAGCAGUUCCCCAUCAUGAACGGGACUCAGUCCCUGGUUGUGGUCAAAAUGGACACUGCCCCUGUGGAAGCUUCAGUCACAUUGUACCCUGAGUACCAGGAUGCGAGCACAUCCACUGCAGCUUUGGAAUAUGAAAUGUGA